AUGGCAGGAUUUGGAGGUAAACUUCUCCAAUGGUUUCACUCCUACCUAACUAAUCGUAAACAACGUGUGACUGUCCUUGGUGCAACAUCAAAUACCCUCCCAGUAACUUCAGGCGUACCUCAAGGCUCAAUUCUUGGCCCUCUCCUCUUUGUCUUGUACGUCAACGAUCUUCCUGACGCGGUCACAACCAGCCAAGUUGCAAUGUUCGCCGACGAUACCAAACUAUUCACCUCCGUCAAAAGAGAAGACGACU